GUCACAUGUUGUGUGCGCGGAGCAGGAGGCUGUAGAGCCGCUGGAUCCUGGACUCUCUGCAUUUAUGGUUACAUGAAUGUCAGCGCUGCAGGCCAGAUGCCGGUGAUGGAGGAGCUUGUCAGUGAGAGCGACAGCAUGCCAAAGCGGAUGGCUCUGAUCUGCUUCCUGUCUCUGGUCAUGCUGAUGAGCGUCCUGGGAAACCUGCUGGUCAUGGUGGCUGUCUGCAAGGACAGACAACUCAGGAAAAUCAAGACCAACUACUUCAUCGUGUCCUUGGCGUUUGCCGACCUGCUGGUGUCGGUGCUGGUGAUGCCUUUUGGUGCCAUCGAGCUGGUCCACCAGCACUGGAUCUACGGUGAGACCUUCUGCCUGGUCCGGACCUCGCUGGACGUCCUGCUGACCACCGCGUCCAUACUGCACCUGUGCUGCAUCGCCCUGGACAGGUACUACGCUAUCUGCUGCCAGCCUCUGGUCUACCGGAACAAAAUGACACCCAUGCGAGUGGCUCUGAUGAUCGGCGGCUGCUGGGUCAUUCCCACCUUCAUCUCUUUCCUGCCCAUCAUGCAGGGCUGGAACAGCAUUGGCAUCAACCACCUGAUCGAGCAGCGGCGCCACAACGAGGGCAGCAACUCCACAUCCUGUGUCUUCAUGGUCAACAAGCCAUACGCCCUCACCUGCUCCGUGGUGGCCUUCUACAUCCCUCUGGUCCUCAUGGUGCUGGCCUACCAGAGGAUCUACGUCACAGCCCGUGCACACGCCCUGCAGAUCAGCAUGCUGCAGCGGGCGGGAGGAGCCGGUGCCAGUGCGCCUGGUACUUCUGGCGCCGGUGUCGGCGCUGGUGCAGACUCUGCUGACCAUCAACGCAACCACCGUAUGCGAACAGAGACAAAGGCAGCAAAGACUCUGUGCAUCAUUAUGGGGUGUUUCUGCCUCUGCUGGGCGCCAUUCUUUGUCACCAAUGUGGUGGACCCGUUUAUAGACUACACGGUGCCAGACCAGCUGUGGGCGGCUUGCUUGUGGCUGGGCUACAUCAACUCCAUGCUGAACCCCAUCCUCUACGCCUUCCUCAACAAGUCCUUCCGCCGUGCCUUCCUCAUCAUCCUGUGCUGUGGGAGGAAGAGAUACCGCAGGCCAUCCAUCCUGGGGUCCGGCGCUCCCUGCACAGCCACGCAGAUCAACGGCUCCACACAUGUACUCAAGUAUUCUGUCCUUCAAAACGGGAACCACACGGAGCAGAAGAAGUCUCUGCACACCGGCACAGAGUCCCACGAGUCCUGCUUGUGACCCACAACGACUCCUCAGUCACAUCUCCAAUGACCUCGGCUCUCACGUCGUCACCACACAAAUGAUGGAAACACACCGCAGCCUUCACAAAUCCGGAGCUGAAAUCCAACACAGAUGGCUACAAAUCCAGCAGAACAACCACAGCCCCGACGGGACUUUCGGGAUCCAGGCGAGGAGCGUGACAUUGCAAAGGAUGCAUCUGGUUUAAAAGUUCAGCCGAAACUCACCCUGUGGUCUUUAAAGGUGGCAGGGACCUAGUGGAACUGGAACGAAACCAGUUCUCUGUCUUUCUGAUUUCUGUCAUGCUGGUUCUCCCUGUCUGCAGGCCCACAGAGACUGAGCUGUCCCGGUUGAACUGAACCUGAGCUGGAAUGCGACUGCGAUCCCGUCAGCAGGCCCGCUGGUAGCUAUCUGUGACGUCCAGCUUGUCUUGUGGAGAACCGGCAGCUUCGGUGGAAUGUGUAGGAGAAUUUCACAGCCUGAGACGCGUGUAAUGACUUACUGUGAGUCGUGGAAGUGAAUUAUGUUGCCAAAGCUAUUUCAUAUUACACAGAGGACCUAUUUCUGAUUAUUAUACGAUGCUCCCUGUUGUUUUCCGGUACAAAAUCAGACAAAUUGACGAUAGACUUUAGGAAGUCGUUCCCUGUAAAAUGAGCAUUAUAAGUUGGCUUUUUAAUCAAGUGUUAUUCAUGAGAAGAGGCAGAGUUUAGAGUGUUCUUUCUUUUGCCAAACAUCACGUUAAACAUCACGUGUUUUAGCCUUGACACAAAGCUGAGGAACCUGUAUGUCUCCGAGGUCGAGGCUUUGCAGUUUUGCUAAAUCCUCACUAAGCUGAAAAGAAAAUGUGUUUGCAAGGCUGCGUUAAAUCCUUGACCCAAACUGUCGAAGUGCAUUAUUAUAGAGGCUGCGAGCUCACACUCUGUGUUCAUCACUCCGCGAGGCUCCGUCUGAAUCAUUGUUUUCCUCGCAAUAUGAAGUUUGAGGAUCACAACGCAUAAAAGCUGCUCAUGAAUGAUUCAACAGGUGCUGCGUUGGAGCGGUAUGUACAUGGUUAUGAUGUGUGUGUGUGAUUGCAUUUGCAGGUUUUUGCAGUCUGUGUGUGUCCCUAUGUGUUUCCAUGGUGAUGCAUGCUUUCAUACGAGCGUGCUGCUGAGUGUGUCUUCAUGUGUGAUGUUCGUAUGUAUGAAACACCCUUUUCCCAUCAUCCCACGCUCAACACGCUAUUUAUUCCCUCCGCCUCUGCUCACGUCCGAGGCCAUGUUAAAGAAUGUACCAGAAAUGUUUAUUCAUGGAAACUGUGAGCACUAAAGCCAGCUGUUUACCUGUACCCAUAAUGCAACAUUUUUUAUUUGAAAAGAAAUCUCAGUUGUAAUUGAUUUCCCGUUAUUUCCCUUCAAACCGUCCAGCAUAAAACGUUAUUCAAAAGGCCACUUACUGGUCUCAGAAGGCUGAAUCUCACCACUUCCUCUCACUGAGCGCUGCCGCCACUCAUGACACAUGAAAAACACAGUGGAGAAAUUCCUUAAUGAGACAACAAGUGAAAAUGAAUCAUCUGAUACUUCCAAAUCAAACCAGCACAUGCAGCGUCUGCUCUGCUGCUCUGCUUUUGCACUCAGAUGUUGAGUUUGAGGAAGUUACCUUUCCUUGUAGACUCACUUUUACCUUCCUUUAAUAUAAUAAACAAAGUUUUAACGCAGGAUAAUUACAGUGAAAACACUCUACCGCUGCAUUGUGCGAGGAAGGAUGGUGCAUAAAGGGAGGCUGCAUAGCGGCAACUCCUGUACGUUCUGUCCCUAAUCACCGUGUUUAUAUUAAUUAUCAAUUAAACAACUCAGUAUAGUGUGAAGGGCUCGCUCACAGUGGCAGACCCACAGAGAAUUAUCACCACCUCUGCAGCUCCACACGGCUCUAUAGUCUGUUUAGCUCAUUAUUUUGGUAUUACAGCACAUUUAUUACAUUACUACCGCCCAGCACCAAACAGCAGAUAGACAACGAAUCAAGAGCUAGAUGGUGGAGACCAAAGCAGAUCAAAAAGGAGACUGAAUAUUGGACUUGUAUUCAACAAGUGUUGCUGUUGCUCUGUGUCUGCUGGACGUGCGAAUAUUCUAACAAAUUAUCUACAACAACUUUAUAAACUUAAGAUAUGUCAGGGUCGUGUGUCUGUCAGCUUGUUGCGGAGUUAUUCUGCCCCCAAGUGGUCAAAAAGAUCAGUUUAUCAAAAGCAUUAUACCAAGUGUGACUUUGAGAAGAGAUAAAAUUGAUGUGGUUAUAAAUGUUAAUAUAUGAGACAGACCCCAGCAGCCUUAUUACAGGAAAUAUUCUGCUUGUCCUAUCUUAAGUUUCAAAGUCAGAAAAAAUUGUUCUAACACAGAAGCAAUUCCUGAACUCAUGGCUGUGUCCAGUCUUAUCUCAGACUUCUUAUCUCAUCUUAGAGGUAAAGUGUACAAGAUUUAGGGGGAUUGGUGGCAUCUAGUGAUGUAUUGCAUAUUGCAACCAGCUGAGACUUCUCCAGACCAGAAUCCCUUUACUGUUCAUUGUUCAGGAGGUUUUUUGAGUUAUCCUCAGAGGUCUCUUCCCUCUUCCUCCACAACAAACAGACCCGGCGACUGGAACCACUAAAAACACUGAAUGACGCAUUUCAAUUCAGUUCAAUUUAUAAAGCCCAAUAUCACAAAUCACAAUUUGCCUCAGAGGGCUUUACAGCUGAAAUCAGUGCCUCUCCAACGCUGCUCAGCAUCUUGGAGACGGUGGCUCGCCAAGAAAGUGCUAUUGUGUGCUCACCUGACCCUGAGUCGAAUUAUCUGCAGAGGCGGCUUCCUCACUGAAACAGACGGACCAUGUGAUUUAACCCGCUAGGAACGCUGAACAAAGCUGUUUCAUGUCACAAAUCAGUGUAACUGGUGCUGCUCAGUGCAGCUGGGCUUCUUGCUACAGCGGCCAACAUGAGAGGGUGAAAACACAAGAAUACAAAAACACGAAUGUCCCUAUCUGGAGCCAGUGUUUGGUUUGUCCACUGUGAGCAGGGGCGAUUGC